CCGUCCGCCCUCGCGCCCGCGCCGCGCGCCCUCCGGCUCCCGCCCAGCCUGUGCUGCUACCGCGGCCGCCGGAGAAGCAACUUCUCGAGCGCCCGCGACCGGCGGGACCUCGGCGCCGUCCCCGGUCCAGCGCCGAGCGCCGAGGCCAUGGACACGCUGGCCGGGCUGCUGCCCCCGCUCCUGCUGCUCUGCGCGCAGCAGCCCCCCGGCGCCAGAGCGAUGAACGAUAUUGGGGACUAUGUUGGCUCUAACCUGGAGAUAUCCUGGCUCCCCAACCUGGACGGCUUGAUGGAGGGCUAUGCUCGCAACUUCCGGCCGGGCAUCGGAGGGCCCCCUGUGAACGUGGCCCUCGCCAUCGAGGUGGCCAGCAUCGACCACAUCUCGGAGGUGAACAUGGAGUACACCAUGACCGUGUUUCUGCACCAGAGCUGGCGGGACAGCAGGCUGGCCUACAACCACACCAACGAGACUCUGGGGCUGGACAGCCGCUUCGUGGACAAGCUGUGGCUCCCAGACACCUUCAUUGUGAAUGCCAAGUCUGCCUGGUUCCACGACGUGACGGUGGAGAACAAGCUCAUCCGGCUGCAGCCCGACGGGGUGAUCCUCUACAGCGUCCGAAUCACGUCCACAGUGGCCUGCGACAUGGACCUGGCCAAGUACCCCAUGGACGAGCAGGAGUGCAUGCUGCUCCUGGAGAGCUAUGGCUACUCGUCCGAGGAUGUCGUGUACUACUGGUCAGAGAACCAGGAGCGGAUCCACGGGCUCAACGAGCUGCACCUGGCCCAGUUCACCAUCACCAGCUACCGCUUCGCCACUGAGCUGAGAAACUUCAAAUCCGCCGGCCAGUUCCCCCGGCUCAGCCUGCAUUUCCGCCUCCGGAGGAACCGCGGCGUCUACAUCAUCCAGUCCUACAUGCCGUCCGUCCUCCUCGUCGCCAUGUCCUGGGUCUCCUUCUGGAUCAGCCAAGCAGCGGUGCCGGCCAGGGUGUCUCUAGGUAUCACCACGGUGCUCACCAUGACCACGCUGAUGGUCAGUGCCCGCUCCUCCCUCCCGCGGGCCUCGGCCAUCAAGGCACUUGAUGUGUAUUUCUGGAUCUGCUAUGUCUUCGUGUUUGCCGCCUUGGUGGAGUACGCCUUCGCCCACUUCAAUGCUGACUACAGGAAGAAGCAGAAGGCCAAGGUCAAGGUCAAGGAGCAGAAAGCAGAGGUGGAUGUGAAGAAUGCCAUCGUGCUCCUCUCCCUGUCAGCCGCCGGCGCCACCCAGGAGCUGGCCGUGUCCCGCCGGCACUGCCGCGGGCCUGGGAACCUCAUGGGCUCCUACAGGUGUGUGGAGAUGGAGACCGGAGAGGCCAAGAAGCAGGCGGCGGGCCGCUCGGGGGGUCAGGGGGGCCUCCGUGCACUUUUCAAGCGCGUUGACGCCGACACCAUUGACGUCUAUGCCCGCGUGGUGUUCCCGGCGGCCUUCGUGGCCGUCAACGUCCUCUACUGGGCGGCCUACACCAUGUGAGGCCGGAGGCGAGGCCUCGCCUGUCCUGGAGCCCGCAGCCGCUGGGGAGAGGCUCUUGGGUUGAUCUGCCUGCUCUGCCAGUUUCGAAGGGGGCUAACAACAGCCGCAUAAAACUAGAGGAGAGCCUUGGCCUCCCUGAGGACCCCAGACUCUGUCCCCACCGGCUCCUGGAAGACCACCCUGGGGCUCUCCCAUGCACCCUUCCUGCGGACCCCUGGCCCGGGUCCUCCUGGACGGCAGACCCAGACUGACCUAGGGCUGAGCCACACAGGCUCAGGGCCCUGGAGGAACUCUGCGUUCGAUUCAAAAAACCAUCCCGAUGCUAGGCAUUUGCUCUGUGGGCCUGGGACCAGGUCCUGGGAGGCUGGGAAUGGGCGGGGCUACUUUCUCGGUGAGACGGUGGAGAAGGGCAUCCGUGGGCCUUCAGUCCCAGCAUGAAAUAAAAUGAAGCUUUUGGCUGCUGGCUGUGUUCUCUGUCGCUGGGGCUGAGCUGCAGCCGUGACCUCACUGACUGGAGAGCCGUCCUCUAGCUGUGGGCUCCUUGGGCUCCAGACCGAGGGACUUGGAGCUGUGUCCCCCAGGUGAGCCACGUGGCCAUGUCCUUGGGCAUUGGCGGGAGGGGCAGAGGUGC